UCAAUUUAACUGUAAAUCAUAAUUGAAGUACCGUGUUUCGUAGAGUACUUGCUAUUUAACGAGUCAAUAGAGAACGUUCAUUCCUUGGAAACUCGUCAUUGAUCAUAUUUAUUUGUUCCUUUCCUCUAUUAUUAAAUUUUAGAAUUACAAAUAAAAAUGGCGAGUGAUAAGUCAAGCAUUUUGUACCUGUUUGACCGACCUUCUGAGCCGGUUUACAUCCCUAAGGGAAAUAAGAAAGUCGCUUUUGACAUUCCACCUAAUUAUCUGCCUGAGAGGUAUCAAAAUAUGGCACCUCAACUAUUUAAUCGCUUCGACGAUGAUACGGAAUCGAAGCUUCCAGUGAAGCAAAUCACUCUUCCGGAUAUUAGUAUUCCAUUGCAACUUGGGCGUAAUCAGGCUUUCUCCCUAUUUAUUCCAGCGCAUCGACGAAUGUCCACACGAUUAAUUGACAUCUUCAUGGGUAUGCGAACAUACGAGGACUUUUUGUCUGUCGCGGUUUACUGUCGUGACCGGGUCAAUUCAACUAUGUUUAUUUACGCACUAUCAGUGGCGAUACUUCAUCGUCCUGAUACAAAAAAUUUGGAAAUACCACCACUGACAGAAGUUUUUCCGGACAGAUACGUGGAUGGCGGAAUAUUUUCUAGAGUUAGGGAAGAGGCUAAUGUCGUACCUGCAGGUUCCAGAAUACCAAUCGAAAUCCCAAGAGACUAUACUGCAUCAGACCUCGACGAGGAACAUCGUGUCGCUUAUUGGAGAGAAGAUAUUGGUAUCAAUCUUCAUCAUUGGCACUGGCAUUUGGUAUAUCCGUUCGAAGGUAGCAUUGAAAUUGUUAAGAAAGAUCGACGAGGCGAGCUCUUCUACUACAUGCAUGAACAGAUCAUGGCUAGAUAUAAUUGCGAACGCCUAUGUAACCGACUUGAUCGAGUGAAGCGAUUCAUCAAUUGGAGGGAACCGAUUCCAGAAGCUUAUUUCCCAAAAUUAGAUUCCCUAGUUGCCAGUCGUACGUGGCCAGCUCGACACAAAGGUGCUGUGCUUAAGGAUCUCAACCGACCAACAGACGAAUUGGUCUUUGACAUUCAAGAUUUGGAAAGAUGGCGUGACCGCAUUUACGAAGCAAUUCAUACGGGAUUUGUAGUUCAUUCAAACGGCCAAAGAAUUCAGUUGACCGAAAAAGACGGAAUCGACGUGCUUGGAGACAUGUUUGAGGCCAGUAUUUUGACUCCCAACCGGAACAUGUAUGGUGAUCUCCAUAAUUACGGACACGUCGCUAUUGCUUACGUUCAUGAUCCAGAUCAUCGUUAUUUGGAAAGUUUUGGUAUCAUGGGAGAUACAGCGACUGAUAUGAGGGAUCCAAUAUUUUAUAGAUGGCAUGCUUUUGUUGACGAUGUGUUCCAGGAACAUAAAAAUACGUUGCCACAGUACACGGAACAGCAGUUAGGCUUUCCAGGCAUCGAAAUAGCGGAUAUCAGACUAACAACUAAUAACCAACAAAAUAUACUACACACCUUUUGGUCCAAGGCUGACGUAGAUAUGUCACGUGGACUCGAUUUCACUCCACGUGGCCCGGUGUUAGUUAGAUUCACGCACUUGAAUCAUGCUGAUUUUUCAUAUACGAUUGUCGUUAAUAAUCGCAACAAUGCAUCACGAAAAGGCACGGUCCGUAUCUUCAUUGGUCCUGCCGAGGACGAGCGUGGGUUACCGUUUACUUACAGACAACAGAAGAAUUUGAUGAUCGAAAUGGACAAGUUUGUUGUUACUCUUUCUCCAGGGAAAAAUGUAAUUGAACGUAAAUCGACAGAAUCUUCGGUGACUAUACCAUUCGAAAGAACGUUCCGUAGUUUAGAUGAAAGACCGACAGGAGGCGAAAGUCUACAACGGUAUGACUUUUGCGGUUGCGGUUGGCCGCAACAUCUGCUCGUACCAAAAGGAAGCAAAGAAGGCUUUCCAAUGGAACUCUUCGUUAUGGUGUCUGAUUAUACCGGCGAUGCUAAUGGAUUUACAUUGACUACCAAAAUAUAA